UCGGUUGCAAUUCACGUCGUUUAUGCGUAGCAUGUAAACGUAGUAAUGACCGAAAAGAAAUGACAGAAGGGUAACAGAUCCUUUAAAGUUAAUAAAAUUGAAAUUAUUAAAUAAAACCACAAAAAUAAAGCAUAUUAGAAAAUUUCUGAAAACUGAAAUGGAAACCUACUUCGAAAGCACCCUUGAAGACGUAAUGCGAUGGGAAUUACUUGAACAGCUCGGAGACCUAGCAUCAGUGCAUGAAGAAGUAGGCGACGAGAACAGCUAUGGCAGCCAGCGGCCCCCAAAGACCGUUUUCUCCCUCCAGAGAGACUACAUUUCGCUGUAUGGCAGCCAUCCGAAAAUGGAAGACAGAAUUUACAGUACGUGCGGCGUAUGCGAGCAAGUUUUCAACCCCCAAGUGGUCUCCAGCCACAAGGAACACUGUCCAGGCAAAGGCAAAAUCCAGUCCCAGCAAAUAAAGAAAAAGGUCAAGAGCAAGAAGAAACUACAAGGAUCAUCAGUGCCUCUUCCCCCCCUAUUCAAAAAGGAAUCUCCCGGCCCGCCAGUGUUGUCAAAAUUUUCAGAUAUCUCCCCUCCUCAAGUGUCGCGGCUAGCCCCCGACGUGCUUCCUCUGUCAGACGCAGUAAACGCCGCCGCCCCAAAGGCAAACGAGGACCCCGCCCCAAGCGCCGCCGUCGCGUCGCCCCCAACCCCCCCGCCGCCCCCUCUGCCUCCGUCUCCCGUCCUGUUACCCGAAGUUUCUCCAAACGAAGAAACAAGCAGUAGACACAAAAAGUCAAAAAAGAGUACCAAAGCGCUUAGAGAAUACGAUCCCGAUGUCCACUGCGGGGUCGUCGAGGGGCAGAAGGGGCCGUGUACGAGAUCCAUCACGUGUUCGAACCACAAGAUUCAGCAACGCAAAUCCGUGCCUGGGCGUAGUAAGAACAUCCACGUUUUGAUAGCGGAAAAGAAAGCUGCUAAAGAGAAAGAGUCGCGUCGCCGGUCUCCGACACAUCUUUUAGCGAUUGAUACGAAAUCUUCGCCGGAGUUCAUGUUUCCUCUUAUUGAACCUGAACCGAUUAACUGUGUGGGCGAUAACGCGGAGGUUCCAGAUUUCGUUGACGCACCGAAACUACCUUCGACUCUGACGAUAGGUGACUUACCGGAGAAUGAGUUGCAUGAUGAAGUUGAGAGUGACGAUCCCUCUAAUCAGUUGGAAAGUGGAUAUUGCUCUAUUGAAACUUCAUUAUCUACUAAAAGCUCACCUGUAUUGUAUUUUAAUCCGAUCAGUCCAAUAUUUGUUGUAACUCCUGUUCAAUUUAUUCAGAAGGAAAACAGUGUAUUUGUGGAGGCCACUCCUCGUGCCAAUAGUCCACCUCCUAACGGCUACUUCUUGACAAUGCCAGAGACUUCAACCAACAUAAAACUAUACAAAUCUCAUCCGAAACCCACCAUUUUGCCGACUUACGGGUCAAGAAAAGUGGGUGGGGCGAUUCUCGGUUCAAAUCAGAGACUGGAGUACCAGAGGAACGAUAUACAGAUGGCUAUUACUACAAAACGAAUGGCCGCUUCAUCCACAAAUUGUAAAAGUACAUCAUACAACGUGCCUCCUCAAAGAUCUAUUCUAUUGAAAACGAAAGGUAUAAAUAAAGUUAAUUGUAAAAGAUCCUCUACUGAAAAACUCAGUGCUAGUGACGGUAAACAAAUUAAAUUAGCCGCUGAUGUAAAUGGUUUUAUUUUGCAUACUGAAAUGAGUGAAGUUGCUGAGGCACCACAGCCUAACCAUUGUAUUCAAGAAAAUAUCAAUUUGUUGAACAUGAAGUGAUUUUAUUUUAGGUAGUCUGUAUAUACAUAUAUAUAUAUAUAUUAUUUACCGUAUUGUUAUUCAGGUUCUAAAUUUUUUUUCGUCAUACCAAUGUUAGUCAGGUAUGAUUUUUAUCCUAAAGUGUUCUAAAAUUGACGUCUGCAGUGGGUUAGCAGACCAUUUUAAGACUGUUUUCUUGUAAUACUCUGACAUACGCUUGUGGCUACCUUAUAUUGGACGUUCCAAAUAAUUUCCGAUAUUAAGAGACGCCACCCUAUUCCUUUUUGUAUUGUGUGUAAGUGUGUUAUUUCAUAAUAUACAGGUCAGUCAUUUACGUAGACUGAAAGUGUGAUUAGUUAAUUGUAUAAUUUUUUGUAUUUAUGUGUUCAUGAUUUGUGUUUCUUUUCUACUGUUUGUUAACGAUAUUACAUCCAUGUCAUGUUAUGAGUUAUGGUUUGGUGCUCAGCAAAUUGAUCUCAUAAACACAAAAAAUAAGAAAAAAGUUGUGAUUAAAACAUUUGUGGUUUUAGAGUUGUGCUCCAAAUAAUUUUAAUCUAGUGAUAUUUGUAAAUAUGUAAAUAAUUUCAUUUUAUUUAUUCAACCCACUAAUUUAUUAGUACAUUUACUUACACAUACUUUUUUGUUAUUUUUAUAUACACGACUUCAGAACAUUUUUGUUCGUCAUAACUGUUUAUUUUUUUAUAUAUUCCAUCGACCUUUUUAUACUAGGAGUUACUUCAUGUUUUUACAAAAGUAAACUUGUCAAGUGGUAUAAUUGUAAUAAUGACAUUUGUUCUUAUGCAUUUAGUAAAUGUUUUGGUGUGGUAGCGUAAUAGAACACAUCAUUUGCAAGCGAUGUUUGUUUCCAAUGUUAUCAGUAUUAGUUCAGUUUAAUUCAAGUAUUUUUGUAGUAUAUUACUGUUCUGCUAAAACUUAGUCAUAUUUUGAAAUGUGCUUCGAAAAGUAGCAACAUACUGGAAUGUUUUUUGUUUUGUAUGUCAGCCCAGAAUUUAUUUUAUAUGUAUUCGUUUUCGUUCAUGUUUAUUUUUAGUUUUAACGUGGUAAUCGAUUUUACCUAAUUUCUUUCUGUUAUUUUAUUUUUAUGGCACACUGAUUAACUGAAUGGAUCAAAACUGACCUGUAUAUGUCUUUGCGAAUUUGUCGAAUAGUCUAAUAUUGAUAGCAGUGUACCUAAUCAUGUUUUGUUCGUAGCUUUACAUUUCAGCAUUUAUUAUAAAAUAAAAUAUAAUAAAUACGCAUUGUUUAACUGUGAUUGUUUCACAAGCAAUGCUCUAUGGCUGUGAAUAUUGCCAAUUUCAUCAGGGCUGGCAAUCCUACUGCCUCCUUGUAAAAUAUCAUUUAUUUUCUAAUAGGUGAUAUUCUAUAACAUUUAUUUUCGUUUUAAUAAACUCUAGACUACCGA